ACUCUGAUGGGUGACACAGAAUUUGUUCAUUGCUGAGAAUAAGACAACAUUUUUGGCCGCAAAACUUGAUUUGAUUUUUUUAAGGUUGUUCGUUCCUGUCUUCUAAUAACUUCUAAAAUGGCUUCAACAAUUUUCAGAAGCUUUCAAGUUAACCCCUUUCUGCUUUAUCCAACAUCACUACUCAGACGAAGAAAUGGGGUUUUGUACUGUACAACCAAAGCCACACAAUCUCAAACAGACACUCAACAAAGGCAACAACAACAACAACAGCCACAAACCAAAGCUUCAACAAGUACACAGUCCAAGAAACUUGACAAAAUCCCAAAAGAUUAUGAAGCUAUCAUUGGUAUUGAAACCCAUGUUCAGCUCUCAACUCUCACAAAAGCCUUUUGUGGUUGUCCUUACAAUUAUGGGUCUCCUCCCAAUAGCUGCAUUUGUCCCAUUUGCAUGGGUUUGCCUGGUUCUUUGCCUGUUUUGAAUUCAAAGGUCAUUGAGUUUGCUGUAAAGUUGGGACUUGCUCUUAAUUGCAAGUUGGCUUUCAACUCCAAGUUUGAUAGGAAGCAGUAUUUCUACCCAGAUCUUCCAAAAGGGUAUCAGAUUUCUCAGUUUGAUGUGCCAAUUGCUGCUGGUGGUUAUCUUGAUCUGGAUAUUCCAGUGGAGUUUGGUGGAGGCCACAAGAGGUUUGGCAUUACUAGGGUUCAUAUGGAAGAGGAUGCAGGGAAGCUGCUACAUACAGAAAAUGGAAAUUACUCACAGGUUGAUCUAAAUAGGGCAGGGGUACCUUUGCUUGAGAUAGUUUCUGAGCCUGAUAUGAGAAAUGGUAUUGAAGCAGCAGAAUACGCAGCAGAAGUACAGAGGUUGGUUCGGUAUUUGGGAGUGAGCAAUGGCAAUAUGCAAGAAGGUUCUCUUCGUUGUGAUGUGAAUGUAUCAAUACGACCUAUUGGGCAAUCAAAGUUUGGGACAAAGGUUGAAAUAAAAAAUUUGAACUCAUUUGCAUCAAUGGGCAGAGCUAUUGAUUUUGAAAUUUCAAGGCAAGUACUACUCCACAGUCAAGGCCAUGAAGAUCAGAUAGUACAGGAAACUCGUCUAUGGGAAGAAGGCACUCAGAGAACAAUUACAAUGAGGAAAAAGGAAGGGCUUGCUGAUUAUCGAUAUUUUCCGGAACCAGACCUUCCAGCAGUAAUCCUUUCCCAUGAGUAUGUUGAUGGUAUUCAAAAUUCUUUACCAGAGCUUCCAGAAAUUAAGCGUAGAAGAUACGAGAAGAUGGGCUUAAGCAUGCAAGAUGUUCUUUUCCUGGCUAAUGAUAAAAAUGUUGCAGAAUUUUUUGAUACUACUCUUGCAAAGGGUGCUGAUGCAAAGUUGGUCGCCAACUGGAUAAUGAGUGAUAUUGCUGCCUUCAUGAAAAAUGAAAAGUUGACCAUAAAUGAAAUAAGGCUUACACCUGAAGAGCUGUCUGAGUUGAUAGCUUCCAUUAAAGGUGGAGUUAUCAGUGGCAAGAUUGGGAAGGAGAUACUGUUUGAGCUAUUAGCCAAGGGUGGAAGUGUUAAGGAACUAAUUGACAAAAAGGACUUGGUUCAGAUAGUAGAUCCUGUGGAGAUUGAAAAAAUGGUGGACAAAGUGAUUGCAGAGAAUCCGAAACAGGUAGAUCAAUAUCGAGGAGGUAAAACUAAACUACAAGGUUUUUUUGCUGGCCAGGUGAUGAAAUUAUCUAAAGGCAAGGCAAAUCCAGGUCUCCUCAACAAGAUCCUCUUGGAAAAGUUGAAUUCAAAGAGCUGAUGCUAAUAGAUUGUUGUCUGCUUACUAAUCAUGCCAAUAGCAUUACAAAGAUGUCAUACAUUUUCCAAUUGGAUGCCUGGUUUCUUGCUGGGUUCAUCGUAAGGGCUGAUCCUUGAUAAUCUCUUAUCUACCCAAUAGACAAGUUGCUAAUGAAAAAUAGAAGUGAAAGGUUCUUGUGUUGCUCAUUGCAAGCCAAGGUGAUUGGUUAUAUUGGCUAAAUAUUUUAGCUGAUUUCAGAAAUAACCCUGUACAUUUUGUAUUCUGGAGGGCUGAAGAAUUUACACUUCAAAGCGUUGAAACUGCAGUGCGCUUUGGUUAUUUUCUUCUGUAGAGGGUAUAAUCAUUAUGUGCGGUGCUUUAAAAGGACAAGUAGCUUCCCAAAGCAUGUGAUUUGUAUCCCCAGUUAAUUUGUGGAUUAAAAGUCCUUAUAUAU